AUGCGACGGUGUGGGUAUCCACAAUUUCUGGAAGCGCUUUGCCUCCAAUGUGUACUGCCAGCGACCCGGGCUUUGGAGAAUUCUAUCGACGAAUCAGCCUUACGAUCACAGAUAGACAGUAACAUUCCGACAUUUGGAAAAGCAUCUGGAGUGGAUCUCUAUGACGCUUCGAACUAUACAAAGACACUCCCUGAUGGAGCGCCGUGCACUGCAAGGAUCUUUGCUCUUUCUGCAGAACGCAUCCGAGCGAUGCGAGGUGAAUUAAGAAAGCACGUCAAUACAGUCACGCCUAUCACCCAGUGCAAUAUCCUCGCUGCUUUGGUGUGGGUCCACGUUACCCGUGCACGACAUGAACGCCUGGUAACGCAUGGCCAUACAGACACGAACAUUGGCAUUGCAGUCAAUUUGCGCGAGCGAGUAAAGCCUCAGCUACAGCCGUCGUAUAUGGGAAACAUGGCCCUUAUGACUAGGGCAACAGCCUCCAUUGCAGAGUUCAGUACCGAAUCAUGUGUGACUAGCGCAACUAUCGCCCCCGCUAUUCAAGCAAUCAAUGGCGCAAUCUCGAACGCAACGAACGCAUGGGCACAGCGCCAUUUUGCACAUUUCCAGUCUAUCGAUCGGAUUAUCGACACUGAAAUCUCGCUCCAAUUCAAUCGCGGCCCUGACUUGUACAUAACCUCAUGGAUGCACUUCGGCGCUGAGUGUGAGUGGAAUAUCCCGGGUACAACGUCCAAAUCGCCUGAGUACAUUCGCCGAACGCACAGCCCAAGCGACGGCGGUGUAAUCAUCAUGCCGAGACGCAGAGAAGUCGGCACAUACAGCAAGGAAGCCCCGUAUGAGGUACUUAUAAGACUUGCUGGUGAGGAUAUGGAGAGACUCGUGAAUGAGGAAGGCGGCCUUGCUUCUUGGUCAGAAAGGGUUGUUGGGUAA